AUGGCUACUGAGGUUCCUCGCAUGCCGGCAGCUCGGGUGCCGUCGCCAAUUGCUGGAGCUAGGCCCACUAUGAGUGCCUUUCCUCAAAGACCUCCUAUGGACACACACAACUACACGGUGCAUGGUGCUCUGGCGCCGCGCAUAGCAAUACUGGAGUCUGACGAUGUCAAUGAUCUGCUGCGCACUACCAAUGGUCUGCAUAAUUUUGCCGCGCUGUUGCGGCCUUUUGAAGAUAGCGUUCGAAAUGUCGGUGUCACGAGCGUGCAUCUAGAAAAGCAGCAAUGCAGUGUCUUCCCGCUCCGCUUCGACCCUCUCGAUGCGUUUCUGCCAGCACCAGCAUCCAACUCUUCAAAGUCCUCGAGCCAGCAUUUCAACAGGCUUCGCGUCCGUCCAGAAGAUCUGAUUGACGGCAUGGUACCGUAUUUGAACAGGAAAAUAUCACAGCAUAGCGGCAAGGGUAAGGAAAAGCAGCAAGAAGGUGGACAGCAAGAGGACUGGCUGAGCAGGAUGGGCCCAAUGACCCUCCUUGGGAAAGAUGACCUGGAUCGUGACGUGCUGGAAGAACCGGUGGAGAAGCUUACGCCAUGGUACGCUGAAUUUCGCGAUGCUGUGCUGUCCACCAUCUUGGUCGCACCAAUUGAAACAUUCUCCCAUCCGGUCGCGUUCAUGAUGGUAGUGUCGAGCCACAACCCUGAUCCAAUAGGCGCCUUCAAGAAGCUCUAUGAGUCUUCAUCUACUUCCAACUCGCUCUUCACGGCGCGUCCUUAUGUGGACUCGACGAUCAUGCGUUACUACGUCUUACUGCACGACGCAUCUGCGCAGGAGGAACGGGGAAGUCUGGAGAGAAGCAAUUGGAUCCUUGAAAGCUGCAGAAAGAGCUAUGGUCUCAACUGCAGCUUGGUCAUCAUCAAUACUGGGGGUGUCGUUGAUGUGCAAGCGGGGAUAGGAGAGGAGUCGCCUGGGAGAGAUGGUCAAUCCAUUGCAGAAUUGUGGGAGAGGUCGAUUGGUGAAGAAGGCCGACUCAACAUUCAGGGUGUGGAGCUUGGCGAUGAUGGCGAGGAGGGUCCGAAGCUUCACAUGACGUGCACAUCUCUGGACGUUGACAAUCGUCAUUCUCGUUGCGCGAAUGGAUCAGCAACAUAUCCAUCGUCUACCAGAUCAGCAGCCGCGAAGGGUACGCAACACAUUUCCGGAAGCGCUCGCUACGCUACAUCCCUCUCCGCAAAAGACGUCAGCACACUCGCAUCCUUCGUGCGCGUGUUUGCUGCGCAAAGCCUCAUACCAUGGAUGGAGCGCAGUGUCCAGCAGUGGAACACGCAGCUUUCGGAAAGCCGGAAAGGAUUGACCAAUCGGCUGUUCGGCGCCGGCAGACGACUCUUUGGUUCCGCAGCCUCAGCGUCCUCCAGCGCCGGGGGCUCUUCCACCGGAGCUGGUUCUGGCGCUUAUUUCGCCAGCGCAGGCUACUAUCCAGCUUCGAGCAAUGAAGCACAGACUCGGCGGUUGGCAGACUUCGCGUUCAUCUUGCGUGACUAUUCGCUUGCGGCAUCAACAUACGAGCUUAUGCGUAAAGAUGCUGCGAAUGACAGAGCCAUGGCGAUGGCGGGCGCGGCGGGUGCCAUGGCUGGCCUCUCCAGUCUGAUGCUUCGCGUCGCAGCAGCCGCAGGCGAGGCGGGUACAACAGCUGCAAAGCAAGCACAAAAGGCAGAGGAGAUUGGCGCACAGCUACGAGCUGCGCGCUUCGAUUUCGCGGCAGCUUCUGCCGCUCUUUUAGGCCAGAGCAACGCGACAGCAGGCGCGUCAACAUCGACAGCAGUGCGAGAAGAGGAUCUUCACUUUAGCAUGCUUCGAAUCACGCUGCUGUUUUACGAAGCCUAUCGAGCAUUGCAGCUCCAUGCACAUGCUGCGAAUACGCUAAAGCACAGUGCAGAGGCCAGCAUGGAUGAGAUUUCAGCUGCCAUGCUGCAUGAGCAGGCUGCACUGAUGUGUCUGCGUAAGGGUGUAGCUAGUGUGAACGAAAAGGCCGGCUUACCGCCAGCCGACGUUGCCGCUGCUGCGCUGCAGUAUCCUUCGGUGCGUAGAGCAUCAAUUCAUCUACUCACAGCAGCCCACGCGUAUCGACAAUGUGGCCAACGUGCACUUGCAGGGCGCUGCUUUGAGAGCGCCAACAGCUUCCAGCCGUUGCAUUCGUGGACGGCUAUCGAUGCUCACUUGCAGCGCGAGCUGAUGCAGCAAGCGCAGCAGCGUAGCAGCACUGAGUCUGGAUUGCGAGAUAGCAUUCAGCACCUGAUCGGUCUUCUCAGGUCGGGAUACGGAAGCGCAGAUGAACAGGCUGCCUACCUCCAGCAGUUAUCGGCGCUGUGGAAGACAUUGAGAGAAAAAGCGGAAAGCGAUGGAAAAAUUCCUCAAGAGAAUGCACAAGACCAGGAGCUCACGCUGGCACAGCCGCUAUUUGACGUCGCGCGCUGCACAAUCAUCAAAAGUGAAAGCGAAAACGUAGUCCUUGUCGGCGCGCAUGCUGGCAUCGGUCCGCCAAUCUCGGAUGCGGAGGAAGAGGUUCGCUGGGAAGAAAUCCGAGAUGCAUAUAUCUCUGAAUUGUUCAGAAAUGAUCACGAGCUGGGUGACAAUGCCAGGAAGAGCCUUUCUAGACUGGAAAUGCCUUUGAGCAGUCCGGAGCGAGUUGCGCAAGUAGGCGAGCCCCUCCGAGUACGCCUAAGCUUGCAAAAUUCACUCGCCUGCACUAUCAGUAUUUCUUCUCUCCGUAUCCAUGGCAGCUGGCAAGACGAAGAAAUGGAAGCAGGCGAGUCAAAUCUCGCAGAAACAACUGUCUCCGAGGUCACAGUUCGGCCUUUUGAAAGUCGCUGGGUCGAUGUUGAACUCGUACCGAAGCAUGCUGGCAAGCUGCUUUUGCAUACCAUCACCUUCAUCUUGAACGAGAACGUGCCAAUCAGACAGGCUCUGACGAAGCGAGGCAAACGACUGAACAAAACGAGGGCGCAGAAGUUGGAACCGACGUAUGCGGAGGAUGCAACAUUGAGGGUCACCAUCACAGACGCACGACCCACUGUUGCACUUGAUGUCCAGCAGUGGCAACCAUCCUUACUAGAAGGCGAGGAGGUGAAAUACCAGCUUUCUCUUAGGAACAUCUCUGGGCUAGAUGUCAAGCAUCUGGGCAUAUUUAUUCAAGACACAUCGUCUCUGUUUGUAGCUGAAGCAGAUGAAGCUUCAAACAUGCACGAAGGCGCCAAGGUGGUGGUACAUAACACAUUGCAACCAGAACGGCUCAUUUUCCCCCGAACCAGCGCUCAAAUGCAGGCUGGGGAAAGCUCGAGCUUGACACUCUGGUCUAGAGGAUCUUCAAUUGGCCUCCAGACAGCGCGCCUGCUAGUCGUGUUCUUGGGUGCCGAUGGCGUCGCGAGGUGCGCCCGUUACCGCUUCGAGAGUCUGGUACAACCGGUGGUCAGAGCUAAUUGCACUGGGUGGCCAACAAACGGAAAACCGGGCGCCUGGCGUAUUCUCUCUGAGGUCCACAAUCUGAUGCAUGAGGAUCUGGAGAUUACCAACAUCAGUAUCUCCAGCAUGGCAUGGCGGCUUUCAGGUCAACAGGUGGGCCAUCACCCCAUCACGCUCUUGCCUGCGCAAUCUUCGCGGACUACUCUCAAACUCACGCGUGUAGACUUCGACACAAGCAAAGUGGACGCUGAUGUGGUCUCCGAGCGACUGCGAAAGCUGAUCAAGGACAAGAAAACUGAUGAAUAUGUCCCCGUAAUAGAGUCUGUCUUGCAUAUCUCCGCCUUGAAUAGCGAUGCUUUGAUAGCACGACGUUUCACAGAAUCCGACAAGCAGAAAUGGCGAUUAGCCCGACUUGCUCAAGAAUACUUUGCUAUACCAGCUGUAGAGCGAAAGAAGAUCUACCUGCUGCAUGAGCCGCACGAGAUUGAUCUCACCCUCCAUUGGAGAGUUCCUGGUUCGGGACGCUCAGGAACACACCACCUCUUCGGCAUCCCCGGAGGCCCACUACAGAAUCACCUCUUAGCUCUCACCUCCACCGUGGCGCCAGAAGGCAAGCAGCCUCGUAGCUUGUACGCUCAGACUGCGAAAGAAGCAGAGGUACUCUGGCGAAACAUCCUCACUAGCCGGCUCAGCCAGGAGGAGAACCCGAUCGAAGUGCUCAUAGCGGCCCCAAGGCGUGCCCUGCAUGACUUUGAAUCUACCUCGCAUUUGACGAUACCAAUCUCGCUAAGUGUGCACAAUCAUGCCUCUGCACGGUAUUGCACUGUGGAGCUGCAGCUGCACAAUCUUGAUAUGCCUUGGUGA